AACACUUGUCUCUCAUUGUCGUAUAAAAUAUCGUCGUGCAAAAUCAUUUAGGAUUAUUUAUUAUUAUUAGAAAAAUUUGCCCUUUAUUUUUCUCGAAAACGAUCACGAUGGAACAUGUUAAUUUGAAUGGAAAGCAUCCAGUGGAAGAAGAACGGCCAGUUGACAUGACAGACUGCGCCUUGAUGAAUAAACCAUCAACAUCGAAACAAGCGCUUAAAAAGCGCGGUCCAAAUUCAAAGAUAAUCACAAAUGCAGACACAAAGACUAGUCCGCAAAAAGCGGAUCCAAUGCCAGCCGUAAAUGGGCCCCCAGAACUGGAGAUGCUAGAACCUACUAAAAAACCUAACACUAGGCUGCAAAAGCGAUUGCAAAGCCAACAAUCAAGUAAUGGAGCUCACACAGCUACUGAUCAAUCUUCCUUUUUAAUGACAACCCCGAUAGAUCCAAGAGUCACAAUACAAGUAGAAACUUCCGAGAGGCUUGAGGCUCCAAGUAAACCUAACACUAGGAUGCAAAAGCGGUUGCAAAGCCAAGGACUCCAACAGCCUCUGCCUUAAGAUUCUAUAUCGACAACAACACAAGAUACAUUGAACACAAAAAGGAAAAAAAAAUAGCAUAAUACACAAUUUGUAAACAACAUUUGAUGACGCCAAAACUUGGACGCGUCAUCAUUUCUUUUUUCGGCAACUUUCAUAUACAAUAUUCAGAAUUCAAAAAUGUUUUUGUAAACAAUUCAUUUUCGUUGCGAAAAUAAAACAUUAAAAAUAAU